AUGUGCGAUAUGCAGAAUAUGCCCGCACAAGACGAUGGCUCUUGCGAAGAAGAUUCUGAGAUGAAUUGGAAUGCAGCCUUCUCCGCAAUGGGUGGUGGAACUCACUUUGUGACUACAGGAGGUCAGAUGCCUGUGACAAAGAUACAGCAGAACCCUAAUAAUGGAACCCAACUGUCACAGGUCGUCGGUAUGGUUGGCGGAGUGAAUAUGGGCGAAAGUGUCCAAUAUGUGCGGACCCUGGACGGCACGACGUUACAAGCCACACCUCAACUUAUAUCUGUACCCAUAACAUUGCCUGGGACUAAACCUGGUGAUCCACAGCCCACAGUUCAGAUUCAAGUCCUGACUCCGAAUCUCAUUCAGCAGCAGCAAACCAAAUAUCAUAUGCAAAUACCUAUUCAGGGAUUCCAGCAAGGCGCUGUGUUAACUGUCGGGUAUUCACCAGAAACUAACGAUGGAAUUCAACUUCUGGGGAACGGAAUGUCUGAAGGUACAUUCAGGAUAAGACCAGGGCUGCAAGUGGUGGCCACGCUGCCUCAGGACAUACAAGUGUUGCAGGACAGCAAGGAACAUACUCAGCAGGCAUUACAGCAGCAGAUGUUCCUGGCGCAAAAUCAUCAAAUCAUAAUAAAUAAUCCGGAAGACAUAAAACCGGUGAUCAACAAUAACAACAACAAUGAGUCUGACGUCAUCAUCAAGGAGGAGGAAUGCGAAGAGAAUGAUGAUGAGGACUCGCAAGGCACUGAGAAUAGCGAUGGACAAAUCUUCAACUCGCAACAGGAUCUCGUCAAAUACUUAUACACGUUGCCACCUCAGCAAACGCAAGGCUUGCCAGUGUCGCUUCAGCAGUUUCUGAGACUGAAUCCAACAGACACAAAGAAGACAAUCAUCAUGGAGAAAGAUAACACGGAAAGUAGCGUGGCGAAUGAUGAAACAGCCGAACAAGACAGCAAAGAUGACAUUCUAACCGAAGGCUCGCCAGCGAAGAAGAAGAAGAAGUACAAGAAGAAACCGGCUCGGCCCGCGAGGCCCAAGCCGGGACAGGUGGUAAUCGCGACGGCAGCGGACGGUUCACCCAUCUACUGCUGCCCCGAGUGCGAGAACGCCUAUCCCGAGAAGGAGCACCUCGAGGUGCAUCUUAGCGUGCACCAGAUCGAGAGGCGGUUCAUAUGCGGGAUCUGUGGGGCGGGACUGAAGCGCAAAGAACACUUGGAGCGUCACAAACUCGGCCACAACCCCGAACGGCCGUAUGUCUGCGGAGUUUGCGGGAAGGGAUUCAAACGACGGGAGCAUUUGAAUUUACAUAUCGUCAUCCACUCGGGAGUCAAGAGCGAGAGAUGUAACGAGUGUGGAAAAGGAUUUUACCGCAAAGACCACCUGCGGAAGCACACAAGAUCGCACGAAAGCAAGCGCGCUAAGGACGAGGCGAACAGUGAAAUGUUUGAGGUCAAACCGUUGCCGGCGCAGAUCAAUACGAAUACUAGUAACGCCAUAUUGCCCGAGAUCACUAUACACGUGCCUACAAGUUCCAACGUCCAAGCGCCCGUACAGAUAAAGAUCCCACAGCACGUGCUGACGUCACUGCGCUCGAAUGAGACUGAUAAUGAGAGCGAAAUUGGCGACAGCGAGUGA